AUCGAUAAAGCUGCGUUGUAAGCACGAAGGCUUUUCUGUGCUUUGGUUUUGUGCCCCGUCCGUCCCGUUUUCCUUUAGAUUUCGAUUUCGAUCAUCAUCUUCUUGUGCUUUGAUUUGCUAUAAUCGAAAGCGAUUAGGGUUUUCAGUCUUUUUCAGUGAUUCAUCGACACGUCGCUGAAGGAUCUUUCGCUUCAGUCAUCAUUAAAUGAAAUUUUAAAAAAAAAUUUCAAAAUUGGGAAAUAAUUUUUUGUUUAUUUUUUAUUUUUGGAGAUCUUGAAACCACUGAUUUCGCCAUAUUGAUGCGAUUGGUUAUUAUUUAAAAUUAUGGCACUGAAACCGAAUUCAGCUGAUGGUAGAACGAGGAGUUCGAUUCAAAUAUUUGUUGUUGUCGGAUUAUGUUGUUUUUUCUACAUAUUGGGAGCAUGGCAAAGGAGUGGUUUUGGUAAAGGGGACAGUAUAGCUUUAGAGAUAACUAAACAUGGUGCAGAUUGCAACAUCCUACCGAGCUUGAACUUUGAAACCCAUCACGCCGGUGAAGUCGGGAACGUGGAUGAAUCCGAAAAGUCGAAAUCUUUCGAGCCCUGUCGUCCUCGUUACGUUGAUUACACCCCUUGCCAGGAUCAAAAGCGUGCCAUGACUUUCCCUAGGGACAACAUGAUUUACCGCGAGAGGCAUUGCCCGAGGGAGGAAGAGAAGUUGCAGUGUCUUGUCCCGGCACCUCAAGGAUAUGUGACCCCGUUUCCUUGGCCUAAGAGUCGGGAUUAUGUGCCUUAUGCUAAUGCCCCGUACAAGGCCUUGACGGUUGAGAAGGCUAUUCAGAAUUGGAUCCAAUAUGAAGGUAAUGUAUUUAGAUUCCCUGGUGGAGGAACCCAGUUUCCGCAAGGGGCGGAUAAGUAUAUUGAUCAGCUUGCUUCAGUGAUACCAAUUACCAACGGGACGGUUAGGACUGCACUUGAUACCGGUUGUGGGGUUGCAAGUUGGGGUGCAUACCUUUGGAGUAGAAAUGUUAUUGCCAUGUCUUUUGCACCAAGAGAUUCACAUGAAGCACAGGUUCAAUUUGCUCUUGAGAGAGGUGUACCUGCUGUUAUUGGUGUUCUUGGGACCAUUAAGAUGCCAUAUCCAGCUAGAGCUUUUGAUAUGGCUCACUGUUCUCGUUGCUUAAUUCCAUGGGGAGCGAAUGAUGGAAUGUACCUGAAGGAGGUUGAUCGUGUUCUUAGACCUGGUGGUUACUGGGUACUUUCAGGUCCACCAAUCAAUUGGAGGAACAAUUACAAAGCAUGGCAGCGUUCCAAGGAGGAACUUGAGGAGGAACAACAAAAGAUUGAGGACACUGCCAAACUUCUUUGCUGGGAGAAGAAGCACGAGAAGGGUGAAAUUGCCAUUUGGCAAAAGAGAGUCAAUGAUGAUUCUUGUCGUGGUAGACAAGAUGAUUCUCAAGCUAGUUUCUGCAAAGCUGGAGAAGCUAAUGAUGUCUGGUACAAGAAAAUGGAUGCGUGCAUUACUCCAUAUCCAGAUGUUAAUAGUCCAGAUGAAGUUGCUGGUAGGGAACUGAAGCCAUUCCCAGAGAGGUUAUAUGCUGUUCCUCCUAGAAUUGCUAGUGGAAGUGUUCCUGGGUUUUCUGUUGAGACAUACCAAGAGGACAACCAUAAGUGGAAGAAGCAUGUAAAAGCUUAUAAGAAAAUUAAUAGACUUAUUGACUCUGGGAGGUAUCGCAACAUUUUGGAUAUGAAUGCUGUCUUGGGAGGAUUUGCUGCAGCUCUUGACUCUCCCAAAUUGUGGGUUAUGAAUGUCAUGCCCACUAUAGCACAGAAAGACACCCUGGGUGUCAUCUAUGAGCGAGGAUUGAUUGGCAUCUAUCAUGACUGGUGUGAGGCUUUCUCCACAUACCCUAGGACAUAUGAUCUCAUUCAUGCCUAUGGUCUCUUCAGUUUGUACAAGGACAGAUGUAAUGUGGAGGACAUUCUACUGGAGAUGGACCGAAUUUUGCGUCCAGAAGGUGCGGUUAUAUUCCGUGAUGAAGUUGAUGUUCUAAUUAAAGUGAAGAAGAUAGCAGCAGGAAUGAGGUGGGACACUAAGAUGAUUGACCAUGAAGAUGGCCCUUUGGUUCCUGAGAAGAUAUUGGUUGCUGUUAAGCAAUAUUGGGUUGUAGGUGGGAACACGACAUCCACGCAGUGAAACAGUGAAAGAGCAACUAGAAACCUUGACAUGAACUGAGCUGGCAAUGCCCUCUGUUAUACAGGUUUGUAUCACAUGAAUUGAUUAAUUUCAGCCCUGAAAAUUUUGCCGUGCGAAUCAAUUCCGUGUGGGGAGGCCGGUUACUCACGAUUCCAGUUAAAACUAACUAUCAACCCUUCUUGUGUUCAUUUGUAUUGAUUUAUGAAUAGACAACUAUAGAAGCUAUGCUUCCAAAGUUUUAUGAUUAUUAAAUUUUGGCCUCCACUAUUGUUUGGUAUCGAAAUGUUAAGAAGUUAAUGCACAUUCUGAUUGUCAAUGAGUUGUCAACUUCUUCAUAAAAAUGGUGCCCCAAGUUUACUGAA